AUGACAUGCUUUUUUUUUUUCACAAACAUCCAAUUAGCCAAUCAGAAACACAGACAAAAAAAGACCCACCUGGUGAUGAUGAUGAAGAUGAAGAUGCAGGUGGUGAUGAAGAAAACAAUAAUAAUUAUGAUGAGACAGUCCCACUUAGAGAUGAAGCUUGUUCCUGUUGAGACGUCUGCUCUCACUUUCAACUCAAGUGUCUCCUCCCCAGUGUGUGUGUGUGUGUGUGUGUGUGUGUGUGUGUGUGUGUGUGUGUGUGUGUGUGUGUGUGUGUGUGUGUGUGUGUGUGUGUGUGUGCGUAUUUGCAUAUUGUCCUGA